GCCUGGGCGUGUCCUGCACGUCACCAAACAGGAAGUCAUAACCUGAAUCAGCACUCGGAACGUAGGAGCAUGUGACCUGUCCAUGGCUUUGAUAGAAGGUGUUGGAGAUGAAGUAACAAUCCUCUUUGCUCUGAUAUUGUUGCUAUUUGUAUUAGUCUUGGCAUGGAUUUCAACACACACCGUAGAACGUCUCCCUUCAGUAUGGCUUCCACCAGUGACGGAUCCGGUGGAUACAUCAUCAAGCAACCAAGCAAUAAGUGUUGCUGUUGUGAAUGCAGGUGCAAUCCAAAGUAAUCGUGAGGGUUCCCAUGUCAACAUUGACUCUGUGCAACAUUUUAUCCCUGAAUGUUCUGUGUCUGCUCAGAGUAAUAAGGAAGGCUGUGCUAAUACUGACCGCACUUGGAAUUCUAAGAAACCCUCUACUUGUGCUGGAGACUCCUCUCCAUUUAUUGACCCCGCUUUGAAUAAUGAUGAACCCUCUGCUUGUACUGACCCCACUCUUAGUAACAGGGAACCCUCUCCUACUAUUGUUUUCUCUCUUAGAAAUGGGGAACACUGUCCUAAUAAUGACUCCACUUUGAGUAACGAGGAACCCUGUCCUAAUAUUGAUCCCACUGUGGAUAAUGUGGGGUCCUCGAUUGACACUGACUCGAAUCUGUGUAACGAGGAACAUUAUUCCAUUAUAGAAAAUAUUGAGGAAUCGCCAACUGAGAGUAAUAAUGACCCCACUCCCAACACUCGCCCCACAAUCAGGCAACGAGGCCCUAGACAAGCGGAGAGGAACCCAGCUGAUGACGCUAUUACAUUGAGGCUGAAAUUUCUGAAUGACACAGAAAGGCUGCUCACAGUCCGACCAUCAGACACCCUUUUACAAGUUAAACGAAUACAUUUUCCAGGCCAGGAGACCCAGGUACGCCUCAUAUACCAGGGACAACUUCUUCGUGAUGACUCUCAGACAGUGUCUGCACUACAGCUAAGAGAUGGAUGUGUGCUUCAUUGUCACAUUUCCCAGCAUGCUGCAGGUCAGGGCCCUGGAGGGCCAGAGCUAGCCCAGGUACCUCUGAACAUUGGCAGUAUGCUGGUACCUCUUUUGGGCCUGAUCGUGAUCAUCCUUUGGUAUUGCCAGAUUCAGUACCCAUAUGCAUUUUCUGCCACCGCCUCGGCAUGCUUAGGAGGGGUCACCCUGCUCAUUGGUGUAAUGGCCUUCUCUUCCUAUCGCAGAUAAUCUCCCAAAUCUGGGUUGGAAGAUUUCAUGUUUUGCACUUGAUCUUAGUGUGUGUAGCGCAGGACAUCUGAGAGAAUAUUUCUCAGGAAGAACCCUAUGUUGGCGUGUCAGAACAGGCAUACUCUCCUCAAAGGACUGUGAAUAAAAUAUAUAAAAUGCACAUGUUUAAUGUUUUCCAUUUAUAAUUGCACCAUGUGUUUAGGCCCAUCUUAUUAGUCACGACUUGAUGGGAGAGGACAUUGAGGAUGACGAGAACCAGACGUAGCCCCAGAAUACUGAUUGAGGUUGAAAGACCUCGUGCUCUGCUCUCUUAACAUGAAAGAGACGUUUAACCUCAUUUAUUUUUAGGGUUUGAGAUUCACCUUACCAUAUGUUCUAAUAUCCUCAGAUUAACCACUGCAUGUGUUUCUACAGUAUAGAGUGAGUCAAACCCCACUGCUCUCAGCCAGCUCCAUAUUACAAAUUCACUUCACUUGGCUUAGGAUUUAUGCCGGAGCUGUGAUAUACGGCGUAAUCUGAGCACCGUCAACAUACCUGCUCUCAUUUCUACAAAAUCCUCAUUUAGCCAGGAAACAAUAUUUAAUGUAUAAAAUGUCCAUAAGCCUCUCUGACCAUUUUUAUUUCACAAUCAUUGUGACACCCACGAUAUGUAACAAAAGUGCCAUUCCUGCUUCUUUGUUAAUCUUACACAUACCCUUUGUGAAAAACCAUUAUAAUCUCUCAAACUUUGUAUCCAUUCAAUAUUUGUGUUCAGAAGAAAUGAAAAAUUAAACCUGUGUGAAC